CGAAAUCGAGUCGAUUUGGCUACCAUUCUUCUUCAUCACCAUCAUCUCUUAAUAAUCUCUGAGAGAAGUUUUGAGUGUUUUCUUUUGGUGAAAUUACGAAAUCAUGGAAGGAGUUGAUCACCUUGCUGAUGAGAGGAACAAGGCGGAGUUCGACGUCGACGAAAUGAAGAUCGUCUGGGCUGGUUCCCGCCACGCUUUUGAGGUUUCCGAUCGAAUUGCCCGCCUCGUCGCCUCCGAUCCGGUAUUUGAGAAAAGCAAUAGAGCUCGAUUGAAUAGGAAGGAGCUGUUUAAGAGCACUUUGAGGAAAUGUGCUCAUGCUUUCAAGAGGAUUAUCGAGCUUCGUCUCACUGAGGAAGAAGCAGGAAGAUUGAGGCACUUUGUUGAUCAGCCUGCCUAUGUUGAUCUGCACUGGGGAAUGUUUGUGCCUGCUAUUAAAGGGCCGGGCACUGAGGAGCAGCAGCAGAAGUGGUUGUCGCUGGCGAAUAAGAUGCAGAUUAUUGGGUGUUAUGCACAAACUGAGCUUGGUCAUGGCUCUAAUGUUCAAGGCCUUGAGACAACUGCUACCUUUGAUCCCAAGACGGAUGAGUUUGUUAUUCACACACCAACUCAGACUGCUUCCAAAGUGAGUUGGUUACUAAGAAGCUUUUUGAUUGAGUUGUUAUUAUGCACAGUGACUUAGUUGUGUAAGAACACCAAAAUUAGUUCUU